UAUUUUUUAAUUACUCGUUUUCCUAAUUAAUUGGAAUCUUGUUUUUCCUUAAAUUUACUCUUAAUUGUAUUAACUAAGGUUCUUUGUUAUUGUUACUUUUUAUUCUAUCAUAUUGCCUUAACUAUAGUAGAGUUUUGUCUUGUUGUCUCUCUAUCAUCUUAACCUUUUCUUUUUUCCCUUUCUCCUCAUUUUUGUUUUCUACUCUUUCCUUUAUUACAAUUUGAUUCUUUUUUCUCUACCAACAACCUGAUUCCUUUCUGAUUCACCUUUAUAAACCAUCAUCAUCAUCAUAAUCAUCAGCGUCUUCUUGUUCUUCGCUAUCAAUAAUAUUCAAAAACAUCUUCUUUAUCAUUAAAUUUUCUGUUCAUUUCUGUUGGUGUGGUUACAAAAUUUCCGGAUACAAGGUUUCACAACUCAAGCCAAUAACAUAUACACACACCUUGGUAUAGACUGUGGAGGAGGUAUAAAAGCUCAAAGAGAAAGAGAAUAUAAUCAAAGAGCAAUCAAAUCUUGGUUAAAUUAAGCAAUUAUGAGUAAGACACCUGCUGCAACUACUAAUGGCGAAGGUCCAACACAAGAAUCUACCCGACGAUUGACCGUUAAAAAGCAAACCUUGGAUGAUGCUUAUGCUGCUCCAGCUAAUUUUCUUGAAAUCGAUGUUGUCAAUCCAAUUACUCAUGGAGUGGCGAGAAAUCGUUACACAGAUUAUGAGGUUCGCUUAAGGACCAACUUACCGAUCUUCAAGUUAAAGGAAUCAAGUGUACGACGACGUUACAGUGAUUUUGAAUGGUUACGCAAUGAAUUGGAACGUGACAGUAAAAUUAUGGUUCCACCGUUACCUGGUAAAGCAUGGAAACGAUUAAUGCCCUUCCGUGGUGAUGAUGGUAUUUACGAGGAAGAUUUCAUUGAGGAAAGGAGAAAGGGAUUAGAAUCGUUUGUUAACAAGGUUGCUGGACAUCCUUUGGCUCAGAAUGAGAAAUGUUUACACAUGUUCCUCCAAGAAUCAAACCUGGAUAGAAACUAUGUACCUGGUAAAAUAAGAAACUCUUAAUUAGCGAUAGUAAAAAGCCAACAGCAACUAAAUUAACUCCAAUAACAACAACAAUUAACUUUCUACUAUUCACUAAAACGACAACACAACCACAACCAUACACACAACCAUAUAAAAUAAUACAAAACACUCACAGAGUAAAUUACAAGCCAACAAUAAAUCAUUAAAUACCAAUCAACAAUCAGGAAGAUGAAAUAACAAUCUAAUUAACAAAGAAGCUUCUCCAUCAGCAUAUUCCCAUUUUAAAUCCUGCUAAUUUAAAAAAUCUAAACACCAACAAACAAACAAAAUGGAUGAAUGUAAAUUAAUUACGUAUGAUUAUGAUAACAAUACCUAUUAUAUAAUAUUUACUACUAUAUAUUUGAGUGAAGUUUCACCAAUCAGUUAAUCAUCAUAUUGUAAACGUUACUAUUGAUGAGCAAACCACAAAAAAUACAAAUAUAAUUAAUUUUAUUAGAUGA